AGAUGGGCAUAUAUUUUUGCUGUUUUUUGAAAAGAUUGUCUUUUCCCUAUUUAGUGGACUUUGGUCCUUGUCAAAAAUCAGCUGACCAUAGGUAGAUGGAUUUACAUCUGGGAUCUCGAUUCUGUUCCGUUGGACUAUGUGUCUAUUGUUAAUACCAGUACCAGGCUGUUUUGGCUACUAUGACUGUAUAGUAGGUUCUGAACUCAGAUAGUGUGAGACCUCCUACUUUGCUCUUUUUCUUCAAUUAUGCUUUGCUUAUCUGGGGCCUCUUUCCUUUCUAUAUGAAGCUGGUGAUUGGUUUUUCCAUCUCAUUAAAGAAUACUGUUGGUAUUUGGAUCAGGAUUGCAUUGCACCUGUAGAUCACUUUGGAUAGGAUUGACAUUUUCACAAUGUUGAAUCUUCCUAUCCAAGAGCAUGUUAUGUAUUUCCAUUUAUGUAGGUCUCUCUCGGUUUCUUGCAAUAGUGUUUUCUGUUUUCUUUGUAUAGGGCUUUUUACAUCCUUGGUUAGAUUUAUUCCUAAGUAUUUUAUCUGUUUAGGGGCUAUUAUAAAUGAUAUUGUUGUCCUCAUUUCCUUUUUGAAGUUGUCUUUGUUGGUGUGUAGGAAUCCAACUGAUUUUUGUAUAUUGAUCUUAUAUACUGCUACUCUGGGAGAAAGAUACGGCAUUCUGCUUCCAUAGAGAUUUACAGCCUUGGAAAACCUGUGGGGUCCCUAUGAGUCGAAAUUGACUUGAUGGCAGUGGGCUUGGGUUUUUGGUGUAGAAACUCUAUGGGGCAGUUCUAGUCUGUCAGUCGGAAUUGACUUGAUGGCAAUGGGUUUGGUUUUCAGUUUGGUAUAUGCUUUGUUAUAAGCCAUUACCUCUGGUAUAUUACGUUAGGAAUUCCAGGUUCAGUCAAAUUCUGCAGAAUGGGGAUGCCUAGGGCUUACAAAGAUGAAUAAGACAGUGUUCUUCUGUGUGCUCAAGGAAUACCUUUAUAGGAGAGAUAAGACAAGUAUACAAAUCCCAGUUUGUAUUUCCAGAUAUUACAGUUUGUGCUCCUGGGUGCCUAAUGAUUGAUUUUCUGUAGUGUAGAUUUCUCACAUUAUCCCUUGGAAAUAUUCAUUUUUUAACCAGUUUUUAAAUUGGUUUUGGUAAGCUCUAAAAAUAGGCCCCAAAGGAGCAACUUUCAGUUUUCUACUGAUCGUGAGCCUCGUUUCUUUACAGUUCUUAAUUCUUACCAAAGUGUACCUUGACCAGUUGGUGCACAGACUGUUAACUUCAGCCUUGGUUCACCAGAUCCUAGAGGCAGGUGGUAGAAGGAAGAAUACUGAACAGCUGGGUCGUCAGGACUGUGGUAAACACCUGUGGGUCCUGUUUCUGAAAUACUUCCUGCCCCUUCCACCCUCACCCAGAGUUGCUGACAAAGUCUUAACUGCCUGCUCUUUUGUCUGCAUUGAUACUGCAAGCAAAUGGUUUUGUUUAGUUCAAUAUUUGUUACCUGAAUUUUUUUUUACCCCCUUUUUUUCAUUCCCUAGAGAUAAGCUCCUUUAAAGGGCAGUUAACAGUGUUGGCAGACAAGCGCAGCCAGUGUGGGUGUGCACUUACCACACUAGAAUGAACAGCUGUUAUCUUUAGUUUUCACAUCAAGCGUUAUUUGGCACCUAAUGGAUUUUUGGACUGUAUCUAUGGCUGGCCUUAGAAUUGAGCCUUGAACAUUUACUCCGUAAAAGGGAGACAGCCUGUGUCUGACUUACAUUUUGGUCAAUAGGCUGUAUGUUAAAGCUCUCAUCAGCUUAGAAAGUACUACCUGUGCAAGCAAUGUCAAAAAUUAUGCCUUUAAAAAUAUGUAAUAUUUGCAUUUAUAUAAAAAUAUGUAUGAAAUAAUGAUUGGUUUCAAAAUUUGAAAAAGCAUCUGCUCACUUAAAGAAGUAAUGGCUUACUGCACAAAGGGGUGGAAUUUUUCUUUUCCUAUGUUUUCUGUAAGAUACUAGAGUAGGAAAAAUAAACAGUCGGGUUUAACCGGAGCUCAGAAUAUCUGAAAAGCUGUGGAGAUGAAAUUUUCUUGAUAAUUAAUGCUUAAUGUACUUUUCAAAAUGUAUUAAUGAUUUUUUUGGGACUUAAACUUUGUAUUAUGUUUUAUCUGGAUUUUGACGUCCAUUCUAGUGGGAGUUACCAAGUUGUAGGUUUUUAUCUUUAAAAACAACAACAAAAAACACCUGCCACUGAAUCAACUCUAACUCAUGCUAACUUCAUGUGUGUCAGAGUAGAACUGUGCUCCAUAGGGUUUUCAAUGGCUGUGAUCUUUUGAAAGUGACCAGGCCUUUCUUCAGAGGUGCUUCUGGUAGAUCCAAACUGCCAACCUUUCACUUAGUAGCUGAGCACGUAACUCUUUUCACCACCCAGAGACUCCCUCAUUAGUUUAGGUAGAAAUAAAGUGUGAUAUGCUGGAGUUUUGUGGGUACUUGGUAUUAUGUCACAGAAGCAAGAGGAAAUAACUUCCUCAACUACCAUUUACUGGGCCAGCUUACACAUGGUUCAUUUAACAAACCGUAACACUUGUAUUUGUCUCUAACCUGAAAUGUUAUUUAAGAAUUCACAACAACCUGAGCAAGCAUUUUUUCUUUCAGGGCCUUGCCUUUCCGCCCUACUCCAAGAAAACGGGGGAGAGGGAACACAUGGCCUUUGUUAUGCAUCUAAAACCAUAUUGGAAACUCCAGAAGAAAGAGCUACCUCUGGAAAUUAGCAAGGAAACACCAAGAAUGCCCAUGAGCCACCAAAGGGCUAUAAAUGAUGAAACGUGCAGAGCAAGCUACGUAAAACCAAGUGUCUUUCCUUCAGCCUCUCUUGGUAAAGUGUCAUCUCGAAAGCCUUUUGGGAUCAUUUCUCCAAAUGUUCUGUGCAGUAUGAGUGGGAAGAGUCCUGUAGAGAGCAGCUUGAGUCUUAAAACCAAAAAGAAUGUACCAUCUGCAACAAUCCACCAGGGCGAAGAAGGGGAAGGGCCGCUUGAUAUCUGGGCCGUUGUGAAACCGGGAAAUACCAAGGAGAAAAUUGCAUUCUUUGCAGCCCACCAGUGUAGCAAUAGGAUAGGAUCUAUGAAAAUAAAAAGCUCCUGGGAUAUAGAUGGGAGAGCUACUAAAAGAAGGAAAAAAUCAGGGGAUCUUAAAAAAGCCAAGAUACAAUUAGAAAGGAUGAGGGAAGUCAACAGCAGGUGCCCCCAGCCUGAGCCUUUUGCGUGUGGCAUCGAACACUGCUCUGUGCAUUCCGUGAGUGACACUGGGGAUGGUGUUUGUGCAGGGAGGCCGCUGUCGGUUAUACAGAUGGUUGCCUUCCUUGAGCAAAGAGCCAGUGCUCUGCUAGCCAGUUGUGCGAAAAACUCCACAAACUCAUCUGCUGUUGUGAGGUUUUCUGGGCAGUCCAGAGGUGUGCCCCCAGCCUCUGAGCCCUUCUCUGCCCCAGGAGCCUGUGAAGAACCCACGGAAAGGGGAAAUCCUGAGGUAGGCGAACCCCAGGGUGAGCCAGUCCGUGUCCUUGAUAUGGUGGCCAGGCUGGAGUCAGAGUGCCUGAAGCGGCAGGGUCACCGUGAGCCCGGGAGCCUCUCAAGGAAUAACAGCUUCCGUCGCAAUGUGGGCCGGGUUCUGCUUGCAAAUGGCACACAGGCUGAGGAAGACAAAACAAAAAAAGGCACCUUGGAGUUACCUGAGUGUCAGGUGGGGUCUGUAUCUGAGGACUGUGGCCCCUCAAGAGCUGACCAGUGUUGUCCUGAGGGGGACCUGGCCUGGGAUGGUGCUCUUCAGGGCUGUCCCUCGUUGUCAGCAGGUGUGGGUUUCCACAUGGACAGUGCAGAAUUAGAGCCAGGUCAGCAAAUUGCUGUGAGAAACAGCAAUAGGUAUGAUGUGGAAAUGACGGAGGAACUUGUUGGGUCACCCUUUCCUCCUCGCACCUGUCCCCAAGCCACUGAAUUGCCCACAGUUGCUGUUGAUUGUAUGAGAAGAGAGCUUGUGCCGCUUACUACCCAAAAUCCUGAUCAGAGCAGAAAAGAGUCUUUGUGUAUUAGUAUCACUGUGUCCAAGGUGGAGAAAGACCAGCCUUCUAGUUUAAACACCUGUGGUGACCCACUUCCAGGGAUGUUGUUUUUUUUGCCGCCUGGUCAGCACGAGUCGGACUGUUCACAGUUGAAUGAAAGCACAGGAGAGUCUUCAGAGGCCCACCAGCUUGAAGACACUGCUGAGGUUGACAGUGCAUCUGAGGAAAAAAGUGUCUCAGCUGAGCCAUUUGUCCUUCCGGCUUCUUCUGUGGAAAGUACAUUACCGGUGCUUGAGGUAUCUAGUUGGAAGAAGCAGGUGUCUCAUGACUUUCUGGAGACCAGGUUUAAAAUCCAGCAGCUUUUGGAGCCUCAGCAGUACAUGGCCUUUCUGCCCCACCACAUUAUGGUGAAAAUCUUCAGGUUGCUUCCCACCAAGAGUUUAGUGGCUCUUAAAUGUACCUGCUGCUAUUUUAAGUUCAUCAUUGAAUAUUAUAACAUCAGGCCAGCAGAUUCUCGCUGGGUUCGAGAUCCACGCUAUAGAGAGGAUCCUUGCAAGCAGUGCAAGAAAAAAUAUGUGAAGGGGGACGUGUCCCUGUGCCGGUGGCACCCCAAGCCCUAUUGCCAGGCACUGCCCUAUGGGCCAGGAUACUGGAUGUGUUGUCACCGGUCUCAGAAGGGCUUUCCUGGCUGUAAGCUGGGGCUUCAUGACAAUCACUGGGUCCCUGCCUGCCACAGCUUUAAUCGGGCAAUCCAUAAGAAAGCAAAAGGGACUGAAGCUGAAGAGGAAUAUUAAAGUCUAUGCAAGAGGCAACAAAAGAACCAUUUUUUUAGAAACUGUAAAACAUACCACCCAGAUAUACCAUUCAAGUGAGUGUUGCCUCUCAGAGUUGUCACCAUAGGAGAAGCAGUACUUACUCCACCAGGAUUGCCCAUGCUCAGGUGGUUUUUAAAUGCAAAUUGGCGAGCUGUCCAAGAAAGAGUUCUACGUUGGCGCCUCACAUCUGAUCCAGGGUGGUAGCCCAGUUUGAUUCACUUAGCUGUGAAUAACUAUGCCUGUUUUCCUAAAUCACGUCCAUCCUCAAAGGACAGAGACUUGCCACCACUGAGGACAUUUAGAAGAGCACGCUGCAUUCUCUGCAGGCAGUUUCCAGAAAGGGAUUCCAGAAAGGUUUCAUGCACUGGCGCCACAUUUGAAAUACGCGAGUAGUGUCCUAUGGAAAGAAUAGCAUCACUCUUGGGUGAAAAGUAUGCUUAAAAAGGGAAAGCCGGGCACCUUACUUUAGACCUUGUAUGCUUGAUCUGUGAGAUUGAUGUUUGUGGUGGGAAAUGGAUUUCAUGCCCUGUGGUGUUUACAGUGUAUAUACUUGUUGUGUUUUCAUAGGGCUAUGAAACUGCACAUUAAACUCGAGCGCCUUUACCUUUAGAUGAGUGCUUCUGGCCCCUCUGUAAACAACACUAUGAAAAUUCAGUUGUAUAUAGCGAACAGCUGACUGAACAGCAUCAUCACCACAAUGCAGCUAGGAUAGUGUUGCGGCUAUAAUUGUGUGUUUUAUUGUCUCGUCUCAAAUUUGUACAUCCUGUAGAGAAUAUGAAUGUUUCCCAAAUAAACUAUGAAUGUUUCCUUUAUAAUAUAUGAAUGUUUCUGAGAAGAAACUCUAAAUAGUUAAGACAUUAACCUAUUCAAAGGAUACCAAAUAAUGGUUUAACUGGACAACCUUAAAAUUAGUUUAGAGGACAAUCCUUUGUUAUAUUUUAGUGAUCCACCAAGAAUGAGAAGAGAAUAUUAUAUAGUCAGAUUAUAACAUUCUUGUCUAUCCUUUCUGUCUGGUUACAGUUUUUUUUUUUUUUUAAACUUCAAUAAAAACAUACAUCUUAAAUGGGACCUGAGUUUUGCAAAGAUUUUUCCCUUCAUUUUUUUGAAGGAUUUUGUGAUAGUCUAAGAACCUUUUUUUGUUAGUGAAGAGGGGAGAUUAAAAAAAAUUUUUUUUGUCUGUCACCAGGAAGUGACCAUCUUCAUUUAACAUAAGCUUGAAUUUUUACAACCCUUUCACACUUAUUUGGAGUUUGUUGUCUGCCCAACACCCAUUAUUUCCUGUUGGGUGAAGUAUGAUCUAGGGUUUUCUUACACCUUGCCAGGCAUAAUUAGUUAAUAGUUCAGAAGGCAUCGAGGAUCUACUCAGGCCUGUGGUCAUACAGUACUUGGCAGGCAUGGGAGGUACUAGGCCCCGGAAAACUGCUGUGGAGGAGCCAAAAACUAGCUUGGCUUGAAAUCAAGGGCCCACCAGAAAACCUUACGACCAGUGUAAGCUCCAGGCUGUUGGUGGAUGUUUUAGGGGAGGGGUUGAUGGGUAAAUGAUGAGUGAGGGCCGUAAUAGUCCCAAAGGAGAAACAUGUAAAGGUUGAGCAGCCUUUGGUCAGCCGUAAGGUCUGCCAGGCAGAUUGUGGCCGGACUGGAGCGAGGUCGAGCCAGGUUCACCUGUGGCUGAGGUGGGUGGGCACAGAGUGGCUUUCAAACUUGAAUCUGCUUUGACCUCCUGUCCUUAUCCUUAGGCAGUAACUGCUGCCUGGCCCAUUGGAUUUGUCUAUGAGUGAGGAAUGGAUGAGAACAGCUUGCUUUUCCUUUAAGAUACCAGUCAGUGUCUUUCCUCAUAACUCACCCCAGCUGAUGUAUGCUGGAAAAUGCUUUUAAACCCUAGAAUCCCCUGGGGUCAAGUUUCCAGUCCUAGACCUCUUUGAUUUGCUCUAAAUUGGCAAUCUCAGUGGUACCUUCCUUAGAGGUUUGUUCUGAUUCAUAAUUUAUGAAGAUGAAAUGAGAUAAUGCACAUAAAGUACUUAGAGUGCAACCUGGCAUGUGGAAAGUGCUCAAUAAUUGUCAACUAUCAUCAUGACUGGCUCUGUGUGGACACGGCAGACAACUCUCAGUUGGUUUUCCUGAGUCAGCCAUUCCUAACCUGGUUUUCCCAUGACUGCUUGAGGGACUGAACUGCCAAGAGUAGAGGGCACAGUGAGAAUGCCCCAAGCCCAUCUUGGCAUGUACUGAUGACUUGCUUUGCCCUGUGGCAGGAACUUAGCUGCCUCCACAAAAGAGGAGGAUUUCAGCAGGAGAGAACAGGUGGCAUCAGAAGGCCUCCCUUCCCUGGUCUUCAUUUUUAGACAGGUGUAGCUUUCCUCUUAGGGAGAGUGUGUGCUGCAGGGCCCCCUAGUGCCAAGCUGGUGUAAAUAGCUCCCUUUUAAUUUUCUGCAACAUUGCAACGCUACCUGCCUUCCUGCACCGCUGUAGGAUCAUAGCCUAAAAACGACAAUGUGGGCACCAGGACUUUAACGAACCCUACUCCCUGUGAAAAAAUCUGUCCCCUUAAGCCUUUGCUGAUACUCUAGCCCAGUUUUUUCUCUAACACCUUUAAGCCCUUACCAGGGAAACCAUGGUGGCGUAGUGGUUAAGAGCUAUGGCUGCUAACCAAAAGGUUGGCAGUUCGAAUCCAUCAAGUGCUCCUUGGAAACCCUGGGAUCGACUCAACUGCAACGGGUUUGUGUUUUGUGUGUGUGUGUGUGUGUGUGUGUGAAGGAAAUCAGAACGAGAGCCCAGAAGAGUCAGAGCUCUUCCCCCAUUUCUGGGGCAGUUUGGCUUUGUCCCCUGCCAGUGGAUGAGAUCAGAAACCCGAGGAAGGAGUGAAUAGAGAUAGAAAAAGGGCUAAGGUAAGAUGAAUCUUUGCUUAUUCAAGCCUUGGCAAAAUGACUAGCCUUAAAACAGACCACGUCAAAGGACCUCCAAGAAUUACCAUACACCCUGUGGUAGCACACUGAUGGCUUGGUGCUCAGGAGGCACCUCCUUUGGGAAACUCAACCCCAUCCUGUCCCCAGGCCCCUGGUUCGGCUGGGUGCCUUUCAGCACUGCAUGCCCCCUUGUGUCAUUGUAUCUGGGUCUCCUGCCUGUGCUCUGGGUUCUGAGAGGGCAGCUUGUUCAUGCCACCUACUGUGUCACACACACAGCACACAUUCCAGAAAGGUUUGCAUUCCUCUCUUGACCAUUUCAGUGUGAGGGGUGUUGGCACGUUCUGACUGCCCUGGGCCAUAGUGUCAUCUUCCGUUCAGCACGAGAAACUCAAAGGCGGGAUAAAGGGCUCUUCCCUGGCUACUGCUGGUCCCAUGGGCACAUUCUUGCUUAGGGGUUUUGCUCAGUGACUACCGAUUAUGUAUUUGGUAUAAUCUCGGCUCUAUUGUGGCCAGUAGCUCCCCUGGCAGCCCAGAUGGUUUGGGCUUAUUGACUGCAGAAGGAUAGGGCUGAUGGUUACGGCAUGCUGUAAGAGUUCCCUGCCUGGGCUCUGUAACUCUUCAUCUCCACUCAGCAUACUGGCGGUUCAUCCUCUCCCUCAUCUCACAGUCUGCCUCCAAAACACCAGACUACAAUAAGAGGUGAUGUUUAUCUAGCUCUUACUGUGUAUCAAGCACCAUGCCAAGUUUAAACACAUUUCUGUUCUUGUGCACAGUGCCUCGCACUCGGGGAAUUUGAUGGUUUCUGUACAUUUUUCCUUUCAAAUGAAGCUCAAGUUGCAAUCUCUGGGAGGUGGCUUAAAGCACCUGUGUGGGAAGUGUGCAGUCCCUUCCAUUGACAUGUGCUAUUCAUAAGUUUGUGGCCAUAGCUGGUGUUUGCAAAGCCUCACGGGAACAGUAAACAUUGUGGUAAUGCACCCUUGGGUGACUUCCCAUGUACUUAUACCUAACUGCUCUAAGCAAAACCGUAGGCUGCAGCACAACCAUUCUAGGUGGUUUGAACUUGGCAUUAUGUUGGGCGGGGGUCGGGGGGGCAGAUGCCACUAGAGUUGGUAGCUGGGGAGGAAGGAGAAAGAACUGGAAUGGGGCCAGAGGUGGCAAUCCCUUACACUGCAACCUUUUUCCCCCCAAAGAGGUCCCUGUUCAUGCUUUAAUUAGCAGAGAACAGCCCGUAGGAAAAAUUAGCUCGGGAACUUUUUAUCUCAAAUUCCUUUGUAAAUAAGGUGGGCUCUUUAAGUAAAAAAUAAGAAGGCUCAACUAAAUGUUUUUUUUCCUUGGACUGAUGAAACACAGCAGAGAUUGGUUUCUAAAGUUAGCGUGUGGGGGAGGGGAAUGGCAUCUGGCUAAAACUGAAAAUUCUUUGCCCAUCACCCAGCAGAGGAUUAAAUAUAAGGUGCAUAGUCACAGGCGGCGUGUGACAAGUCUUGUAAGAUGCCCACGCUGGGUGACGUGCUGUGAGCAGAAGCUGAGACUUGGGAAAUAGUAGAUCCCAUCAAACAGUUACUUGGGGCAGUAUCACCUGUGCUAUUUUAAUUAGUUCCCUUUCUCCCUCUCCCACUGUAUCAGAACCAGUUGCUUUAUGAACUCAUAUCCAAGUCCCAGAUACCUUUUUAAAAAAAAAAAAAACCUUUUAAGUAGUAUGAAUUAAAAAC